AGAGAGGUGUUGAGCAGUCCCUUGGAGAGCCCUCCUUUUACCGGGCCCCCGGCUUGGGGCGCCUUCCUUCCCCAUGGCGGGACACCUAACCUCUGACUUCGCCUUCUCACCCCCGCCAGGUGGUGGAGGCGAUGGGCCAGGAGGGCCUGAGCAAGGCUGGGUUGACCCUCGGGCCUGGCUGAGCUUCCCCGGCCCUCCUGGCGGAUCAGGGAUUGGGCCGGGGGUUGGGCCGGGCACUGAGGUGUGGGGGAUUCCCCCGUGCCCCACUCCGUACGACUUCUGCGGAGGGAUGGCAUACUGUGGGCCUCAGGUUGGGGUGGGGCUGCUGCCCCAAGGCAGCCUGGAAACCCCUCAACCCGAGGUGGAGGUAGGAGCCGGGGUGGAGAGCAACUCCGACGGGGCCUCCCCCGAGCCCGGGGCUGCCCCCUCCGUUGCCGUGAAGCUGGAGAAGGAGAAACUGGAGCAAAACUCAGAGGAGUCUCAAGACAUCAAAGCUCUACAGAAAGAACUUGAGCAAUUUGCCAAGCUGCUGAAACAGAAGAGGAUCACCCUAGGAUAUACCCAGGCCGAUGUGGGGCUUACCCUGGGGGUUCUUUUUGGGAAGGUGUUCAGCCAAACUACCAUCUGCCGCUUUGAGGCUCUGCAGCUCAGUUUCAAGAACAUGUGUAAGCUGCGGCCCCUGCUGCAGAAGUGGGUGGAGGAAGCUGACAACAACGAAAACCUACAAGAGAUAUGCAAGGCAGAGACCCUCGUGCAGGCCCGGAAGAGAAAGCGCACUAGCAUUGAGAACCGAGUGAGAGGCAACCUGGAGAGUAUGUUCCUGCAGUGCCCGAAACCCACGCUGCAGCAGAUCAGCCACAUCGCCCAGCAGCUUGGCCUCGAGAAGGACGUGGUCCGAGUGUGGUUCUGCAACCGUCGCCAGAAGGGAAAGCGAUCAAGCAGUGACUAUUCACAACGAGAGGAUUUUGAGGCUACUGGGUCUCCUUUCUCAGGGGGACCAGUAUCCUUUCCUCUGGCACCAGGGCCCCAUUUUGGUACCCCAGGCUAUGGGAGCCCUCACUUCACGACCCUGUACUCCUCGGUCCCUUUCCCUGAGGGUGAAGCCUUUCCUUCUGUGCCUGUCACCACUCUGGGCUCUCCCAUGCAUUCAAAUUGAGGUGCAUGCCCUCCCCAGGAAUGUGGGGGGCAGAGAAAGGGGAGAGUCAGAGAAAAAGCCCCCGGGUUUAUACCAGGGCUUUGGGGAUUACGUUCUUCAUUCACUAAAAAAAGGAAUUGGGAACACAACGGGUGUGGGGGCAGGGAGUUUGGGGGACCUUAAUGGAGGGAAGGUGAAGUUCUUGAUUUUAAUCCCCACAUCACUAUCACUUUGUUCUUAAAUAAAGGCUCCUGGGACACAGCAG